CUCCAAAUCGAUCAAGCUGCUCAACUUGACGCCAACAGUAUCCUUCUCUAAACCACGAUACUAACGAUCGUCAAAUUCGAACCUCACAGCCACACCCGUUCCUUCCUCCUUUCACUCAUCGACACAUAGAUCGAGAGCCCAGCAUGGCGUCCAUUCUGCCGAUAAUAACCUUCAAGGCUGGCAUCUGUGAUGCAGACACCUCCAGCAAGCCUUACAAGAUCAAGCCGCAGGCGACCCCAGGCUACAUCUAUCUCUACUCCGAAGAUGACUUGAUCCACUUCUGCUGGCGAGAGCGCAACGCCACCUUGGACAGCCCCGAUCUUGACCUCGUCAUGGUGCCCAUGGAUGGUGAAUUCGUCGCCCAUACCGCCGAUGAUCAACCCUCAGCGAAGACCAACGGCCGCAUCUUUGUCCUGAAGUUCGGAUCCUCCUCUCAGAGACACUUCUUCUGGCUCCAGUCCAAGCCUCAGUCGCGCAACGGGGACCCUAGCUGGUUCAGCCCUCGCGACAAAAAGAUUGGCGAAAUUGUCAAUAUGCUUCUCCAGGGCGAAGAGGUCAACGUCGGUAGAGAGCUCGCACAAGUCCGAAACACCGAUGAUAGACGAGACGAUGACGACGAUGAGACGAUGGAAGAUGCUGAAGGCCAGGGAGACCGAGGCGACCAGACUCACGGGGGUAGCGGCGGUGCUGGACCCGACGCUACAGGCGGUGAUGUCCGGGAAGAGGGCGAGAAUGCCAGAGAGGGCGGAAGUGACGGAGCACGAGCCGCCACUGGUGGCUCGAACACAGACGCGGAUGCUGCUGUUCGAAACUUUUUGGAGUCAUUACGCGGUAACGCCAGCCUGGGAGGAUCUCAACAAGGCGGACAGCAGCAGCAACACGCCGAAAAACCCUACCCCUAUCUCAGUCACCUACUUCCAAACGAGAUCACCGUUCCGAUGCUACAAUCGGCCUCAGAGCAUUACAUCGACAGCCUCUUGAGCUUUUUGCCUCCUGCAAUUCUUAUCCUUGCCACGGAAUCGGACGACUUGGGCGACUCGGAGCCGACCGCAGAGGCUGCAAACGCCGCCAAGGCUACUUUGAGCCUGGCAGAGAAGAAGAGCCUGCUGGAAAGAGUUCUCAGAAGCCCUCAGUUCCACCAAGCACUCGGGAGCUUGACUAUGGCGCUUCGGGACGGUGGUCUUCCUACCAUUGCGGGGGCACUCAGCGUCAAGGUUCCCAAUGGCGGCUACAUGAGGGGCGGUGCCAUGCCUUUGGGCGGCAGCGAGGCCGUGGAGGCUUUCGUUGAGAGUAUUAAGUCGACGGUGAAGGAGAAGAAGCAGGGCUAGGGUUGAACAAGGCAAACAAGUGUAGUAGGAUGAAACGAUAGAGAAAGAUGAUAGACUGCUUGAUCCCGGCAUACCAGCUUCAGCAAUGACGACGUUUGCGAUGGUCUUUCGACGUGGGUCUCACAAGAGAUGGCAAUGGGAAACUGGAGAACAAACUAGAAGCAAGAGUUUGUUUCACAGAAGCUUACCACACACACAUACCAUGGCAAGGGGCCGCUCGGCGUGACGGUCGGUGUGAGAAGCCUUCCAUACUUCUGUCCCGUUUAUCAGAGUUUCAUU